GUUCGGUGACUCGGAGUCUUUAGGCCACGAGGGAACACACUCGCGCGUGGGUCAGAUUGGAGCGAGAGUCGUAGGAGUCGGCUGGGUUGACAGGACGGAGUUUCCUUCUUGGGGUUCCCUACUUUCCCUGUCAACGGUUUCCCCAUGUGUGGCAUCUUUAUAGAUCAUGGAAAACACCCAGGUUAUUGAUUGGGAUGCUGAAGAAGAGGAGACAGAAAUAUCCAAUGGGUCCCUAGGGCAUAGCUUGGAGCCUAUAGGGCGGCUACGUCUCUUCAGUAGUGCUCAUGGACCAGAAAGAGAUUUCCCUCUCUACCUUGGCAAAAAUGUAGUUGGCAGAAGCCCUGACUGCUCUGUGACCCUGCCUUUUCAAUCCAUCUCUAAACAGCAUGCCGUGAUUGAGAUCUCUGCUUACAACAAAGCCCCUAUCCUCCAGGAUUGUGGGAGCCUCAAUGGCACUCAGCUCGUAAAGCCCCCUAAGGUCCUAACCCCUGGAGUGAGCCAUCGUCUGAAGGACCAGGAAUUAAUUCUGUUUGCAGACUUUCCCUGCCAAUACCGUCGCUUGGAUGUUCCUCCACCUUUGGUCUCUCGGGGAUUUCUAACUAUAGAAGGGACCCCCAGAAUACAGGGAGAAUCCCAGACCUCCCGAGUUUUGCUGGCUGAGGAUUCAGAGGAGGAAGUGGAUUUUCCUUCUGGAAGGUGUGUGGCAAAUGGAUCAAGAAAUCCAACAUCCCCAUCAGCAACAGUUGUUCCGGAGAGUGAUGAAGAGGCAUCUUCUCCAGCCCCGAGAGUCCCUGGGCUGUCUCUGCCCUUUGACGUGGGCAGUGACACAGAUGAAGAGCAGGGUCAGCAGCCGGCAGUGGGGGGAUCCUCUUCAGCUAGGGCAGGUGCUGCUGCUGCAGAGGCUGAGCAGCCUGGAGUUAAAGGAAUGACAGCUGGCAUCCAGCUGGGACAGGCACAGCCUCCUGAGCCAAAGUUCAAGGACACGAAAGUCAAGAGUGAGGCUGGCAGUGGAGCAGCUCAGGUUGGGUCAGUUCUGGAGAGGAGCCUCAGUCUUGGGGAGGACAGUGACACAGAUGUGGAAGGAGAGGGGGUUCCUAUGACCCCAUGUGUAGGUCCUGGGAAGAAGAAGCAAAUCCUGCUUGGAGUUGGUACAGGGGACCCUGGAACACCUGGAGUGGGACAUGUGCAGGGCAGCCCAGCCUCAGCUGUGGAGGAGAGCAGGGUGCCAGUGGCUGUCCCUUCAGAGACAAACCACACACCCAUGGUGAUUGACAGCGACACAGACGAGGAGGGUGAAGUCUCAGCAGCACUCACCUUGGCCCAUCUGAAAGAGAGGGGAAUUACUUUGUGGAGCAGAGACUCGGGCAUGGAAGAGGUCAAGUCCCAACCCCAGGUCCUUGUAGAGCGAAGCCAGAGUGCCUCUGGAAGAGACAGUGACACGGACGUGGAGGAGGGAAAGAGAGAAAUGGUCCCUGACAGCCCCAUGGACACAGAGAGCCAGCCUCCCCAUAGAGCCAGAGAUGAAGAAUCUGUUGAUCUAUGCCUUCCAGCUACCCAGUGCUUUGUAGAAAGGGAGAGCCAGAGCUCAGAAGCUCAGAGUUUGGAAGAUGAGCCUACGCAGGGCUUCCCAUGUACUCUGCCCCAAGAGCCUGGGCCUUCCCAUCUUAGCCUUCAGACUCCAGGUGCAGGUGCCCUGGAUGUGCCUUGGGAGGUUUUGGCUACACAGCCAUUUUGUCUGAGAGAACCUGAGGCCUCGGAACCCCAGCUCGUCGCCACCCACCUUGAAUCUCAUGGAUCUCCUCCAUCUCUACCUAGUGCACCACCAGGACACCAGUAUUUGGUUCACACAGAGCUGUCGGGAGUUCAAGGCAGAGAGAUACAAACUAUGGAGAAAGCCAUGGGUAUACCAAAGGAAACAGCAGACAGGGUGACCCCUGAGAGAGAGCCAUUGGAAAGGAAAGUCAGGGAAAGAACAUCAGACAGUGAGAGAGAGGAUGUGAUGGGGGAGGAAGUACCUCAGGUGACAGAGGACAGAGAGCCAAAGACGGUGCUGGCUAGAGACGGACAGGAGUCUAACAAGGGGAAGGGUGGGGAUCCUGAAGGAAAUAGGGAGAGUUUGAAGGUAGAAAUGGAGAUGUCCAAAGACACACAGAAGAGAGAAAGAGAAGUGGGGAAACCAGAACCAGAGAGAGAAUGGGAGCCAGCUGGUUUAGAAGUGAACCUAGAUAGAGGGGUGGCUGAGGGAGGGAGCCAUGAUCAGAAAGAGCAGAUUGCCAGUCCAACACUAAAGCCUGGACUUGGCAUGGGGGACCUUGAGGGACUGACAUCAGCCCCGCCAGUCUGUGGGAGCCAGGGAGAUGGAGGAAAGGGAGACCCCGUGAGCCCCGGGAGGCAGCAGAGAGGCCGCUUGAGUUGCAAGAUGAUGUCUGCUGGAAAGGCUUCCGGGGCUGAUCCAGAACCCCCAGCCCAUUGCCUGCUUUCUCCAGUGCCUGAAGCUUCAGCCCCACCUCAGAGUGUCCUCACCUCUCAGAGCCCAAAGCAGUCUCGGUCUCCACCUUUGCCGUCUUCCCCUUCUGAGCCACACCUUCCUGAGAGUCUUCACACAGAGCCUCACGUCAGGCCUCGGCGGUCCUCCAGGAUGACCCCCUCAUCCUCUGCUGCCCUUAAGCCUUACACUGCCUGCUCCACAGACCUGCCUGCUGCCCCCAGACCCACAUCUCAGGUCACUCGGAACAGGGCAAAUAAGUCCUCUACCAGGACUCCAGAAGUGAUUGUCCCUAUAGACUCUGAGCUCCAGCCUCCCACCUCCACAGAACAACCUGCCAUCCCCAGACCCACAUCUCAGGUCACUCAGGGCAGCACAGAUAGUUCCUUUGAUAAGACACCUGAAUCAGUUCUCACAGGUCCCAAAAUCCAGCCUCCCACCACAGAACAGCCUGUUACCCCAAACCCUACACCUCGGGCCACUCGGGGCAGGCCAAGUAGAUCUUCCAUCAAGACUCCAGAACUAAAUGUCCCCACUAGCUCUGAACUCCAGCCUCCCACCUCCACAGAACAAGCUGUCAUACCUAAACCCACAUCUCGGGCCACCCGGGGCAGGGCACGUAAGUCUCCGAUCAGGACCCCAGAACCAGUUGUCCCCACUGUCUCUGAAAUUCAGCCUCCCACCUCCACAGAACAAGCUGUCAUACCUAAACCCACAUCUCGGGUCACCCGGGGCAGGGCACGUAAGUCUAUCAGGACCCCAGAACCAGUCGUCCCCACCGGUCCCGAACUCCAGCCUGUCAUCUCCACAGAAGAGCCUGUCACCCCUAAUGUCACAUCUCAGUCCUCUCAGGGCAGGUCACGUAAAUCUAUCAGGACCCCAGUUGUCCCCACUGGCCCUGAACUCCAGCCUGUCAUCUCCACAGAACAGCCUGUCACCCCUGAGCUCUCAUCUCAGGGAAGGGCACGUAGAUCUUCUGUCAGAACUUCUGAAGCCAGCAUCUCCACAGCCCCUGAACUUAAGCCUUUCACAUCUAGAAAACCUCCUGCCCCCAAGCCCACAGCUCUGGGCACUCGGGGAAGGACAUGUAAGCCCUCCAUUGAAGAGUCUAAAUCAGUUGAACCAGUAGCCCCUAAUUUUGAUCCUCCCAUCUCCACAGACCAUCUUGUUACCCCUGAGGUGACAGAUCAGAGCAUAACACUAAAGUCUUCACCACUAAGUGCUUCCACAAUGUCCACUACCCCUGAACUGGAACCUGGUCCCCCAGAGCCCGUUCCUCAAGGCAGUCGCCGAAGGAGGCGCAAGGCUGCGGGGAAACAGGGCUCCCACAUAGUUCCCAUUGACCAUGAGCCUUACUCUGCACCCUCUAAACCCGAGUCCCAGUCUUCAACCAACCAAAGCUCAGGGACAUUAGAAGAAGCUGAGUUGAUUACAGUUGCUCCUGAGGCUGCUAUUGCUCAGGUUCCAGAGACCACCCCUCACAUUCUUCUGAUGCAAAAGGAAGCAGCUGGGAGAUCAGGGCUCACUCCCAAACCCCAGCCUGAGGCCUCUCGAGUCCACAAGGAGCCCUCCACUACCACAGACUCCCCACUUCAGAAACGUCCCCGAAGACAAGUUCCCCAGAUGACCAUCGUCCCCAAGGAAGAAGAUCCUCCAGAAAUGCCAGUGAAGGAAGAGCCUCAGGAGAGAGCAAUUCCGGUACCAGGCAAGAGAAAGAGGGGCCGUGCAGAAGAUGAGACCCAGGGAAACCCAAGUCGAAGCCGGCGGGCUAAACCUAACCAAGAAGCAGUAGCUCCCAAGGUCCUCUUCACAGGAGUCGUGGACUCUCGUGGAGAGCGGGCAGUCCUGGCUCUGGGAGGCCGUCUGGCCAGCUCAGUAAAUGAGGCCUCUCACCUGGUCACCGACCGCAUCCGCAGGACAGUCAAGUUCUUGUGUGCUCUGGGGAAGGGCAUCCCCAUCCUCUCCCUCAGCUGGCUGUACGAGUCCAGAAAGGCUGGUCACUUCUUGCCGCCUGAUGACUACUUGGUGACUGAUCCUGAACAAGAGAAGAAUUUUAGCUUCAGCCUUCGGGAUGCCCUGAGCCGGGCUCGGGAACGGAAACUGCUGGAGGGCUAUGAGAUUCAUGUGACCCCUCGCGUGCAGCCACCUCCAGCUCAGAUGGCAGAGAUCAUUGGCUGCUGUGGAGGCACCGUCCUGCCCAGCAUGCCCCAUUCCUACAAGCCUCAGCGAGUUGUUGUGACCUGCACUGAAGACCUUCCUUGCUGUGCUGUCCCCACUCGCCUGGGGCUGCCCCUCCUCUCUUCUGAGUUCCUCCUGACUGGAGUGCUGAAGCAGGAAGCCACGCCAGAGGCCUUUGUCCUCUCCAAUUAGAAAUGUUAUCUUCCUAAAAAAUACAAAUCUACCAGCAAACACUCCUAGAAAACACUUGGAAAAGAAACAUAAAUACACAAUUAAGACCCAGCAAGGUAGUCCACAUCUUUAAUCUGAGCACUUGAGAGGCAGAGGUAGGCAGAUUUUUGUGAGUUCCAGGCCAGCCAGGGCUACAUAAUAAGAUCCUUUCUCAAAAAACAAACAAACAAACAAAAAACCCUCAGGCCUUCACAAAGACCUAAGGUAUUGGGAAUGUAGGGGUAAGGCCACAGAGCUUUUGAAAAAGAAAAAAAUAAAAAAGGACUUUUUUCCCUAA